AUGAAGCCAAAGUAUCUUGAUAUCCCAAUGCGAGUGGAAUCUGUUCAAUUUAUAAUCGUGGGAACUACGGAUAUUUUAAAUAAUAAGGAGCGUAACACAAUUGAAUCGUUUAGAAUUCUUAAGCAAACAGGAAACACGAUUUCCGUUGUCUUUACCAAUAAUGAAACGAUCGCGGAUUUUUGUAAAGAGAGAGGAGUUCUUGUUCGUCCCAUUCAGUCCAGGAAUAUAUACGGUCUUCCGGUUCUUCGGGAUAUUUUCCUCGCGGUCCAGAAAGAAUUCCCUCAUCGUCACCUCGUCUAUCUUAAUUUAGAUAUUUUGAUCAAUCCCUCCCUCUUACUCACCGCAUCUUAUCUGAUCUCACAGAGGAAGGACAACAAAUUUCUUUUUGUAUCUCGCGUAAUGAACAGCAACGUUACGGAGAGCCUUACAAUGCAAUCACUUUAUUCAUACGAAAGAUUUAUUAAUGAUCAUGCAAACGGAAAACUUAGACUAUAUGUUGCAAUGGACAUUUUCAUCUUUCCUUGCACAUAUCACUUUCAGGAUGUUGACCCCGUCGUUGUAGGAAGGUGGUUUGUUGAUACGGCGCUAAUGAAAGAUGCACAAAGAAAGAAGUACUAUAUUUAUGAUAUGACUGGAUUAAUCUCUCUGCAUCAAGGGUUUGAUACUUCAAAGAAGAUAUUUAAGGGGGUGCAGGAGGAUUUUGAAUAUAAUAAGAUGUUGCUCCAAAAGCGAAAUGAUGCCGGCAUCGUGUAUCUUACAGCGAAUUAUUGGGGUUGCCAUUGGAGUGUUUGUUUUAAAUGCUAUAGUGUGGACGGUGUGAAAGAACGUGGAAUGGAGUUGGAGUGGAUUGAAUGUCUCGCAAUGUUUAGAGAUUCGAACCAUUUGCACAGAUCGAUGAGAGUAGAUGGUUGUUGUUCGGUGUUUGGUGGGAAGUAG